AUGUCCUUCGAAAGCGUCAUGCCGCCGUACAACGCCACGGACCCGUCGGCCUCCUUCCUUAACUCCUCCUGUCUCGACUUCCUCCUCAUCGAGCUCGUGCCCAUGGCCUUUCGCGUGACGAGAGACCUCGAAGCCGCGCCGACUGAUGCGAAUAGUGCCGGUGGGGGCGCUGCCGCUGCAGGAGGAGGUGCUUCAGCUGACGCGCUGUCGACGGUGAGCCACAGUCAGGGCGGGGGGGCCGACGGAGGUGCUGCGCCGUCGAGCGCGGACGGGGCUGCGGGCGGGAGCACAGUCAGGAAGCUGGAUGAGGACGAGGAGCGAGAUGCGGUGUUUUAUCGGCUUGAGACGCUGGGAUAUCGUGUUGGGCAGGGGCUUGUUGAGAGAUUCUCGAGAGACCGGCCACGAUUCAACGAUACGCUCGACGUCAUCAAGUUUGUCUGCAAGGAUCUUUGGUCGCUUGUGUUUAGAAAACAGAUUGACAACCUCAAGACAAAUCACAGGGGCGUUUACGUACUGACAGACAACUCGUUCAAACCGUUCUCGAGAAUGAGUACAGAAGCUGGCGGACAGGCGGUUGUUCGGGCACAGCCAUUCCUCUGGUUCCCGUGCGGGAUUGUGCGCGGAGCGCUAGCGGCGUUAGGUAUCAACGCAACUGUCCAAGCCGAGACCAACGAGCUGCCGGCAGCUAUUUUCCAAAUCAAGACCCUGCCGUCAAGCACAUAA